AUGUUUGGAACGAGCAACCUUGACAACUUGAAUUCCUCAACAGAGGUCAGUCACUUUGAGAAGCUUAGCAGAAAUGGAACAGAACAAGAUAGACAGAUAGAGGAACCAGAGGAAUGGCAUGAACCGGAUCUGCUAGAUCAACAGGAGAAUGCAACGAGAGAGAAAGAGGAGGAGAGAAGGAGAGAGGUAGAGGAGGAGACAAGGAGAGAGGCAAAGAAGGAAGAAGAGAAGAGGAAAAAAAUAGAAGAGAUUGAUAGGAAUAUUCAAUCACAGAUAGAUUACUUCCAGGAAAUUGCAGAGAGUCUGAAAGCAUUUGCUUGCAUGAUGGUAGAUAUGAAGGUUGUGAAGGUUGAAAUCAGAAACAUCAAAUCAAUGCUGCAAGAACUCACAGGGAAGACGAAUAGAGAUAGGGAGAGAGUAAGAGAAGACAAUGCUCGGGAAGAACAGUGGAAGAAUAGAGAUGGGGAGAGAGUGAGAGAGGACACUGCUCGUUACAAACAGCAGAAGAAUAGAGAUGGGGAGAGAGUAAGAGAGGACACUGCUCGUCACAAACAGCAGAAGAAUCGAGAUGGGGAGAGAGUAAGAGAGGACACUGCUCGUUACAAACAGCAGAAGAAUAGAGAUAGAGAGAGAGUAAGAGAGGACAAUGCUCGGGAAGAACAGCCAAAGGAAAGAGAUGGAGGAAAGAUGGAUGCAGGAAGAGUAAUUCUUAAAAAUGAUUAUAGAACACAUGUCAACAUGGGAGAGGAUGAGAAUUAUACAGGUAAUGAAUACUUGGAGGAAAGUGAUGAUGAUCAAGCUGAACGGUUUGUGGACAUUCUUGGUGAUGACAGUGACAGUGGAGAUGAUGGUUUUGGGAUUGAAGAGAGAGGUGCAAGAAGGAUAGAUGAAGAUUCUGUACAAUUAGAUAAGAUGGGAGAGGAGGAUAGCAGAAGUGAUGCCAGAAUCAGUGUGUCAGAACGAGACAAGGAAGAUUUGGGUCAAGAGAAGAUUUCAGUAAAGGCAACAUCUUCAGAGAGGGUGACGACAGAUGUAGAGAAAGCUUGUUCAAAAAAGAGGAUGGCGUGGGAGAAAUUGUCUAUGGGAGUGAUUUGUCACCUGUAUAAAAGGGCUAUUUCGAAGGGUAAUUUUGCAAGGAGUGUACUGAGGAAGCUAGUUGGUGAUGACAUUCUGGUUAAAAGCACCUGCUCGGGGAAAGGAGGUAGACCAUAUGAGCAAGCGAUAGACCCUGACAUACUACAGUAUGCCCUGGAGACAACAUACGAUGUGUAUGGUGUUGAAGAACAUGCAAAGGAAAAAUGCCGCCGGGAAUGUGUCCAAUCAAUUGAUUCGCAUUGUAGGCAACUGUUCAACUCGCAAACCAAGAAGCCGUCAAACAGGGAUGGAAUGAGUGAAAGAAAGGCUCAGGGAACAGAGAUGCCACCAUGGCAGCGUUUAUCUGACAAAGAAAUUGUCAAAGUAAAAAUCAGCAAGGUCAAACAAGAUGGACUCGAGGUCAUCCAGUUGCCUGGCAACAAGCCAGCAUUCAUUCCUAAGACCCAUCUCUCCGACCAUCCUGAUAUAUGUGAUGCUCUUCUUGCUAGCUACAGUGAGGGAGAUGUCAUAGACCAGGCCCUGACUUGGUCCUACAGUGGCAAGUCCAGGACUUGUAUUGUGACAUGCAAGCCAUUGCUCUUAAAUGCUGCCAGGAACAAAACCGAGAUUGUCCGUGAUUUCUCAGAGCUGGAGACCAACAUGUUCCUCAUUGGCGUCCUACGUCACACCAUGUCUUACGGAGUCUUUGUGGAAUUCCCGAAUCAUAUUGUGGGCUUAGCACCAAAGGCGAUGAUGUCCGAUGAGUUUGUCAGUGAUACUUCCAAGCUCUAUGAAGUGGGUCAAACAUUGAGGGCAAAGGUCACAGAGGUCAAUGUGGAGAAGAAACGCUUCCUGGUCAGCCUGAAAACGUCAGAUUGUUUCCAGGACGAUGCAGAGGUGUAUACUGGGUUGGCCGGACUAGAGGCAUAUUUUAGAGACAGAGAUAGGGCAGAGCUACUUCUGAAAGAAAAGAAAGAGUUCAAGCAUGUGAUCUCCCACAAGGUUGGCUCUCUGGUCCAUGCCACAGUCAGGAGUACUCCAGGAAAGGGAAUCAUCUGUUCCCUCCCUCACGCCGUUGAUGCAGUCAUUCCACAGGAUCAUGUACAUGGGAAAUCCCCCAAAGUUGGGGAUAGUAUUGAAGCUUGUGUGAUGAAUAUUGAUCUAUCAAGCAAAGCUGUCACUCUGUCGCUGAAGCCAGACACCAUAGAGGGAUGCAAGAAAUCUAAAUCUAAAGGCAAAAAGGGCAAGAAAGCGGUUGCAUCUUUGGCAGAAGACAAAGGAAAGGUUCUGAUGGUCAAAAGUGAAUUCAUAUUAGCCCAAACAGGCCAGGGAAAACUUGUCUACCUGUCUGCAAAACAGCACCUGAACAACUUCUCAGUGCAGAAGGAUGCUAUAAAAAUUGGGGAUACAGUAACAAUAGGUGACUCUAGUUUUGUCGACGGCAGAUUCUUAGCAGCUCUGGUGAAGGAAGAUAAGCCCUCCAAGAAGAAGGAGAAAGAACGCAAGUCGGCCGCUGUCCAUGAUACCUCUCAGAAGUUAGUCGGUCAGAUUGUAGAUGCCGUUGUGAAGUCAGUGAAGGAAUCUCAAGUGAACAUAGAGAUUGAGGGUGGUCAAGGCUAUGGCAGGAUACAUGCAACCGAAGUAUCGGAUACAAUGAAACCGGGUUCAUACCCUCUGGAGUUCUUCACCAUAGGUCAGAAGGUCAAAGCAAAGGUCAUAGGUUGUCGCCGGGGCAAGAGAGGACAGCAUCUGGCCGUCUCACAUGGCCAUGGUGCUCUGUCUCUUUUAGAACUGAGCACCAGAAAAAGUGUGAUGGAAGCAGACAGUGUACCUUCAGAAGACCAAAGCAGUGAGAAUGAAAUGAAUGCUUUCCAAAUAGGACAAACAGUCACUUGCAUCAUCAACAGAUUCCACAAGGAGAUUCUAUGGGUUCACCUCAGUCGAUCUCUGGAAGGCAAAAUUCAUCGCCUAAAUCUCUCCAAGCAUGCCUCUACACUGGAGAACCCAGAGUCGUACUUCAAACCGGGUCAGGUUCAUAGGGCAAAGGUCGUGAGACAGGAUAACGAGCACAACAUGCUCGAGCUGUCUAUGAGCGGAUGCAUCGCAACCACCUUCGAAGUAGGGUCUGUGGUCAACUGUAAAGUGACCAAAAUCCUGGAAAACAAGGCUCAAGUUCAGCUCCCCUAUGGUCUUCAAGGCAGCAUGUUUGCGACGGACAUCGACGAUAUCUACCAAGAAAACCCACUGGAAAGAUUUGAGCACCAUAAAUAUCACAGAUGCUGUAUAAGUGAAGCCAGCACGGGUAAGCAUGGUGCUUCCGUCUCCAUGCGACCUUCCCAGGUCAAGAAAGCUACCCCGCCCUCAGGAUACGACCUAGAGAUACGAACCCUAGAUGACCUCAAGAAAGGUCAAGUCGUCAGAGGCUAUGUCAGGCACUGCUCGGAGAAGGGAGUCUUUGUCAGUCUUUCAUCAAAUCUCCAUGGGCGCAUCCUGCUGAAGAAGCUCUCUGCUUUCUAUGUGAAGGAUCCAUCUGCAGUAUUUACUGUCGGCAAGCUACUCUCUACCAAAGUGCUUAGCAUUGACAAGAAGUCUGGGAAGAUAGAACUCUCAUCCUCCAGCAAGGACACCGGACUGGAAGACCCUGUACCAGAGGACCAGAGACAAGCAGGAGUGAAGAGGAAAAGAGAUGGCACAAAGAAAGGUAAAAAGUCCACAGAAGAUGGGAAUGAUAGCGGACUAGGAGAAGCAGAUCCUCUCAGUGACACAGAAGCUGAGAUUAUAACGGUAGCUAAGAAGUCGAGCAGCGACACUCCAAGACUCCAGAUAUCUUCUGGAUUCAGCUGGGGUGAUACCACUACCAAACCAGCCACAUCAAGAAAAGCAGGGACGGCGGAUGAAAGUGAUGAUGAUGAUGACGAGGAAGAUGAGGAGGAAGAAGAAGAUAACGAGCCACCAGUCAAGACGAGCAAGAAGGAUUUAAAAGAGGAGGAAAAGGCCCAAGAAGAUAUUUUGUAUAAGACUGAGCGAGCCCUCAUGGAUGCCGAGAGGACCCCAGAGACACCCGAGGACUUUGAUCGUCUGGUUGCCAGCUCCCCAAACAGCUCCCUCGCUUGGAUCCGUUACAUGGCCUUCUACCUCCAUUCAGUGGACAUUGAGAAGGCCCGGGCCAUUGCAGAACGUGCUCUCAAAACCAUCAAUUUCAGAGAGGAGCAGGAAAAACUGAAUGUGUGGGUGGCGUAUCUCAACUUGGAGAAUCUUUAUGGAACAGAAGAGGAAGUUGUUGCCGUCUUCAAGAGGGCGCUACAGCAGUGUGAGCCAAUCAAAGUCUUCCAACAGCUAGUCAGUAUUUACACAAGGACCUCCAAGAUUGAGCAAGCAGAGCAGCUCUAUGAGACAAUGGUCAAGAGGUUCAAGUUUGACCCAGACGUGUGGAUUGGUUUUGGCACAUUCCUGAUGAAACAUGGAAAGCACGACCCAGCAAGACGCCUCAUGCAGAGGAGCUUCAAGAGCCUUAUUCAGAAAGACCACGUUAGUGUGAUCGUGAAGUUUGCCCAGCUGGAGUACCGCCAUGCCGAGUCUGAGAGGGGCAAGACCAUGUUUGAAAACAUCCUCAGUAACUACCCCAAAAGAACCGACAUCUGGUCCAUCUAUCUGGAUCUGACCAUCAAACAGGGCGACACAGGAACAUCCAGACAUCUCUUUGAGAGGGUCAUAAAUCUGAAGCUGUCAGCCAAGAAAGUGAAAUUCUUCUUCAAACGCUUCCUUGACUUUGAGAAGAAAUACGGAGACGAGUCCACCAUCAACUCGGUGAAGCAGAAAGCUGUAGAUUAUGUGGAGUCAAAGACUGUUGUUGCAGAGGACUCAUAGUUCCUGUUUAAAGAGAAGGUUGAGUUCUGGGAAGAGGU